AGUGGAGGGAGGGGGAGUGCAAACUGGGAAAGGGGGAGAGAGAGUGAGGGAGCAAGUUGGUCUGGACUCAAACUGUACUGCAUACCGUGUGAAUGCUGUCACGGGAUGCUGGGGAGAGAAGAUGGUAAAUGACAUGGAAUAGACCAGAAGAUCCCAGAAUCUUGCCUCUCCCACAGACGUCGGACUCGAUCGUGCUGCCUGUGCUGGGGUGAAACUGCGAGAGUUUGUACUUUUCGCUCGAGCUCAGCAGAGAGCUGUUCCGCUGAGAGCAGCGGCUUUGGUUCCUGUCACUUCAUUUAUUUAUUACAGCAGUCAGCGCAUGGGCCUGCCAGAAAGUCCCCACUCUUUCCCCUUGGUAACCACAGAGACAGCAAACAGCCAGUUAUCUUCCUCUCAGUCCCGCUACUCAACACGGGACCUCUCUCGCUGAGUCCAGAUAUUGAGAAGAAAGAACAUUCAAGACAGGUUAGGAAGGACAAGUGCACGUCUGUCUCGCUGCUGUCACCUCAGCUCAGGAAUUUAUCCCUCCACUUGGGGAAUAUUGGUUUCCUUGGAGCCUCCUUCUCCCCCCCCAUACCCCCUCCUUGAUCGCUGAACAUUUCUGCCCCCCGGGAUUCUCAGGACGUGGAUUGCUAGCAGCUCAGAAGGAGGGGAGAUUGACAGUGUACAAGGCAGACUGGAUGGGGGCAAAUGGAGAAUUUGAUUCAACGUGAUUCAAUACUGCUCGUUGACACAUGGAUGUAAGACAGACUUGGCCUUCGGUGAUAGUCAGCAUCGUUCUCCUACUGACAGGUGCAGGGUUGUGUCUGAACGUGAAUGUGAAGGAGGCGAUUAUUCACGGCAUCAGUGGCCAUCCCGUGUAUUUGGAGGCCACAUACCUUGUGGAGCCGUCAAACAAACUGCACAGCAUCACCUGGAAAGUGGACAAGGAGGGGCCCACGCGAAUCCUGCAGUACAUUGUCAGCAAAAACAAAACACUUCCCUCCACACCCUUCCGCCAGAGGAUCAAGUUUGACAGCGAGACAGGCUCUCUUGUCCUCUUUGACUUCACACCCAGUGACCAAGGCACCUAUCAGAUCACUGUGACUGCUGACGAUGGGGCAGAGGACAAGGCCUCGACAGAGGUGACCCUCUACGAACCCAUUGCUGGGAUCAUGGUCACCAUGACACCCAAUGAGACCUUCUCCUCCCGCAAUGUGACUUUAAGUUGCUCGGUGGAACGUGGGACAGAGCCUGAAUUCUCCUGGAGAAAGGAUGGGAGGAACAUCACGGAGACGGGGAGAUUGUCCGUCUGGAAUUCUGGACAGAGUCUCAACCUGCCCAUGUUCAGCCUCGAGGACUGUGGCUCCUAUGCUUGCUUGGCGACAAACCAACUUAACAACAAGACUGGCAGUCUGAAUUUAUUAGCAUCUUCAAGAUUCCCUCAGUGCAGAGUAGACUUGAGGACAAACCCACGGCACCGUUUUGUACUUCCUGUUUUAUUUGUGAUCGUUGGCACAUUGAUGGGCUUGGUCUCUUGUUCAGCAAAAGUCGGUAAAAUCGCUCUCCAGAGGACAAGGUCAAAGUAACAGAUCAUUGAGAACUAUGCGACUGAAGUAUGAAUAUACCAAGGAAGCACCGUUACCCCUUUUAAUCCUGCACCUUAUUUAAGUAAAACCACACCAUUUCCUGGA